AUGGAGCCGAGCGAGACGCGGCCCCUGUCGGCGACGGCGGGUUGCGGCGCAGAGGCGAUCGAGGGCUCGAUGGACGGAUGCAUGCUGCAGGACACAAUCAAGACUGGAGAGGUCCAGGAGUACACAUUUGUGGUCCCGCCGCGCACAGCCAGCAAGCCGUUCUCCAUCCUGCUCACCGCCAAGGCGAUAGGCGGGCGCGUUGACAUGGUGGCGAUCGGGCCUGGUUCUGUGUUCCAGGAGCACAUGAUGUUCCGUUUGGUGGGGGGCAUAGAGGGCCACACGGCGAUGACCGAGACGUACAUUCGAAUCCACGGGCAGCAGCUCAAGGCAGGCACCUGGCGCAUCAGGGUGAGCCGCCGCCCCUAG